AUGACAUAUUUAGUGGAAUAUCUCCCACGACUCAAUCGCUUGUCUAUUGAAAUAGUGGAUGGUGCUUUUCAUGCUGUUACUGGGGUAAAACUCGAAGGUGAUCAAUUCAUCACAAUAUCUAUCAGAGCCAAAGACCUGAUAAAAAUUAGAUGUCCCUUGGCCGUCAAAAGCGCAACUCCAACCAGCGUCAAAACUCUGGGCUCGAAUCUUCAAAUUUCGUUAGAGGUGGACCCGCAAAUAGAUACUGAACUGGCAAACAACGUUGGCGAUGGUCCAGAUAAGUGGUCAUGUGGGUGGUUAAAAAGUCAUACUUCCAAGUUGGGAUCCAAAAACGAGUUCCAAUUCCGAUGUAGCAAUUGUCAACUUGAACUAAUUGACUCACUCGACUUUAUAUUCAAAGACAUGCCUGGAGAUUAUUGGUAUGAGCUCAUGGAAUUUUGGCAUUGCCAUAAACCAGAGAAUAAUCAACCCACAGACAAAGAUUAUGGUAUAUUGAAACCGAAGAAUAACAAUACCAUAAUCAUUGGAUCAUUCUAUUUGUUGCAAACCAUUAACAAGUCUCUACAACUACUUGAAAGUGAUGGCGACGAAGCUCUCUACGUUUGCAAAGCAUGUCGUCAAGUUAUUGGCGACAAAUUUCAAAAUGUGAUACGAUUGCUCAAGUGGAAAUUAGACCUCAAAUUCACAGCAGGGAGUGGGACCUUGAUUUCUAUAUACAAUCCGUUGCUUUAUGCAGUGAAUUUGUUUACUACCAAGAUGCAAUCCCUGGCGAUAAGAAAGUUUGCCAUUGAAGUUGAUGCAAAGAGUGUGUAUCUAUGGAUACUAAAUACAGAUGUCGAUGUGACAAUAGACGGACGAGAUUUUCGCAAAUGCUUGAAAGUUUUGUGGUUCUCGAUUGCAAAGGGUGGUGAAAGUUACGGCGGUUACGAACAGAUGGAAAUACCGUACAAGGAGGUGAGAGAUAAACUUUCCCUGGCAUUGCAAGAAAAUACAAUACACUCUAAUGUUGAAAUUGGUUCUAUAAAAUAUCUAGUCAGCUACCUACCCACAUUGGUAUAA